AUGAGAGUACAAAUCUGGUAUUUGCUAGGGUGGGGUGAGGACUUUAUUCUGGGAAUGGAGGAUGGCAAAGAGCAGCGAGUGGAUGAGUCUGAAAAAUCAUCGCCACAGGAGGAGGAAGCUAUAAAGAAAAAAUAUGGUGGCAUUAUUCCCAAAAAACCACCACUAAUUUCCAAGGACCAUGAACGUGCUUACUUCGAUUCUGCUGAUUGGGCUCUUGGAAAGCAAGGUGUUGACAAGCCAAAAGGACCACUUGAAGCCCUUCGGCCAAAAUUACAGCCCACACAGCAGCAAACACGAUACAGAAAGUCUCCAUGUGCUCCAUCAGAUGGUGAAGAUGGAGGAAGUGCUCCUUCUGAGGAUUCAGCUGCCAAUGAAUGA